AUGAACCGACUGUUCGGAACGAAAAAUACGGCUCCCAAGCCAACACUUGACGAUGCGAUCUCCAAAGUGGACAACCGCGUCGCGAGCAUCGACGUCAAACUAGCCUCCCUCAACGCCGAGCUCUCAACCUACCAAGCCAAAAUUGCCAAGAUGCGCGACGGACCAGGCAAGAACGCCCUUCGCCAGAAGGCACUCAAGGUCCUGCAGCGCCGGAAACAGUACGAGGCCCAACGGGACCAGCUAUCCCAGCAAUCCUGGAACAUGGAACAGGCAGGGAUGAUGCAGGAUAACUUGAAGAACGUGAUGACGACCGUUGACGCGAUGAAGACGACGACUAAGGAGCUGAAGAAGCAGUAUGGCAAGGUGGACGUGGACAAGAUCGAGCGUAUGCAGGAUGAGAUGGCCGAUUUGAUGGAUAUCGGCAAUGAGAUCCAGGAGAGUAUUUCGCGGGCGUAUGAUAUCCCCGAGGAUGUGGAUGAGGCGGAGCUCGAUGCGGAGUUGGAGGCGCUGGGUGAGGAGUCCAUGUUUGAGAGUGCGAUGGGCGAGAGUGCCAUGCCUAGCUUUAUGCAGGACGAGGUGGCACCGCCGCAAUUUAUCGACGAGCCUCCGGAACAAGCCAAGGUCAAGGAGCCUGCUGGCGGUCUGGGCUAA